GCUUCCCCCGUAACUAACCUAUUUUUGCGAUCCAAAGCGCCGCCUGUUGGCGCAAUAUUUCUUUAAACAACUAUGUACAAUGCACGUCUGAACAAUAGUACAUGAUGUAAACAACAUGAGAAAGAUUUCAAUCCAAGUUGAAAAAAACAUCACAAAAAACUAGAAUAAAUAUUUGUUAUUAAUAAUUUAAAUUAAAUAUGAAUUUACCAUUAUUGUCUACUACUAAAGAAAAAUUUUUUUUUUAUAAUACUUUAUCAAUAUUGUUAAAAGCCGUAGAAAAUAAAAAAACCACAAUUGAUCUUCGAAAUGAAGCUUAUAUAUUUGGUACUGUUCAUGAAGUUGAUGGGUAUAUGAAUGUUGUCAUGAGUAAAUGUAUUUUUACGGAUCCAGUUGGUAAUAAAUUCAAAUUUGAUACCUUUUUUGUCCAAGCUCGAAACAUCCGUUGUGUUCACAUUCCUCCAAAUAUUCGCAUGGUACCAGCAAUAAAUGAACAGCUUGGACGAAUGAAACAUCAAAUGAAAAAUCCACUAAAAAAUUCUACACAAGGGCGUACGCUCAAAAUGAAAAAAAUACAACAAAAAUUAACCGAUGACAAAGCAGAAGUACAAAAUAUUUUACAAAAAAAAGAGAAAUAAUUUUUUAAAAAAUUAUACCAAAAUGAAACUUAGAGUGAAAAUUUGAAAGGAGCGGGAUUUUCACAUAGUUAAUAGAACAUCAUAGAGGUGGCGCGGUAGUCGCGUAAAAUUUCUCAGUCUGUUUUUACCCAUCGUGCAUUGUGA